AAUGCUUUCUGUGUGUGUCAGAAACUCCAGUGGCUCCUUCCUUCCUAACUCCUCACUUCAUAGUGCUGCGUACUAAAAACAUCGGACGCUAGGGGAUCAAGACGCAUGCCACAUUGCCUCAAUGUGGGCACUUUAACAGAUCUUUCGGGGUUUUUUUUUUCUCCCAGUAAGGGGACCGUGGAGGGAGGACUUCCCAUGACCAUUGUUUGAUGACUGUUUGCACGGCCGAUUACUGAGUUGAUUGUUUAUUAUUUUGGUCACUCUUGUCCGCCGCCCUGCGCGUUUUUUCCUCCCUUUUUGGAAUCGGCGACCUAUAGCGCGCUCACCAAUGUCCUAUCCUCAGGGUUACCUCUACCAGCCCCCGGGCUCUCUGGCUCUUUAUUCGUGUCCGGCUUACGGGGCCUCAGCUCUGGCUGCCCCGCGGAAUGAAGACUUGGCCAGGUCGUCCUCUGGCUCAGCCUUCAGCCCUUAUCCUGGAUCGGCUGCUUUCUCCGCGUCGGCCGGUGCAGGCUUCUCCAGUCCGCUGUCAUAUUCCACGGAUCCGACGACGGGAUUCCCAUCCUACAUGAGCUCUCCAUAUGACGCACACACGACAGGAAUGGCCGGGGCUUUAAGUUACCAUCCGUACGGGAGUCCAGGUUACCCUUACCAGCUCAACGACCCGGCUUACCGCAAAAACGCCACCAGGGACGCCACGGCCACCCUGAAGGCCUGGCUGCAGGAGCACAGGAAGAACCCGUACCCGACCAAAGGGGAAAAGAUCAUGCUCGCUAUUAUCACCAAGAUGACCCUGACGCAAGUCUCCACGUGGUUCGCCAACGCCAGGCGGAGGCUGAAGAAGGAGAACAAAAUGACCUGGGCUCCCAGGAAUAAGAGCGAGGACGAGGACGAGGAGGACGGGGACGGAGAGCGGAAGGAAGUGGAACGCUCCGAGAAAAUCCUGGACAACAGCGAGGCGUCGGCGGAGGAUGAAGGUAUCAGCUUGCACGUCGACACUUUGACGGACCACUCCUGCUCGGCAGAGUCUGACGGGGAGAAGGUCAGCUGUCACGUGGGCGAUUUGAGCUCCGACCAAGGCGGCGACAAAUGCGAUGAUGACGGCGAGGACCAGAACCACGACCCUGCACGGGUUCAGCUCUCGCCCAAAGCCGUCACGUCGUCGCCUCUGACGGGAGUAGAAGCGCCAGCUCUCGGCCAUCACCACCACCACCUCCACCACCAUCACAACCACCUCCAUCACCUCCACCAACUCCACAGCCAACGCGAGGAUUUGGCCCGGAGCCUCGUCAACAGCAACAAUAUUAACGCCAGUAAAGCGACUUCAUGCCUUGACAGCAGAGCUCCAUCGGGGGCGCCUCAGAACCCGACAGUAAAGCCCAAAUUGUGGUCGCUGGCGGAGAUUGCUACCUCGGACCAAAAGCAGCAACAUCAGCAACAGCAACCAAAUGGCCCCUCCUCCAGCGGGGGGCUCCUCACUCCCCCUACCACCUCCCCGGCUGCCAGCUCCCCCUCCCUCUACCCGACCCCCUCCAUCCUUGCAAGACCUAUUUAUUACACUUCUCCCUUUUAUAGCAAUUACACAAACUAUGGCAACUUCAGCCCCCUGCAGGGCCAAGGGAUCCUGCGCUACACUAAUUCGUCCGGAGUGAGUCUGGCUGCUGCGGCCGCCGCUGCUGCUGCUGCCGCCGCCGCUGCUGCUGCAAACGAGGGUCUCAGCGAGGCGAGCACAAACCCCAAACACUGCAGGCCAGACUCACCUCUCGUUAAAAAUAACCCAAACCAGAUUAUUGUUGUCGAGCAGCAGCAGCAACAACACCAACAGCAUUUCAGAGCAGCACAUUUAGAGGCAAAGAAAGGUACGUAAUGGCGUAAAAUAAGGCAAACACUGUCCCCCCCAAAAAAUAACACAUUUGAAAACUUAUUUGAUCGAAUAAUGAAUCUUGAGAUCCCAGUAAAAGGGAAAUAUUUUCAUGGUGUAGGUAAAGCGAGUCCACUUGUUUCCAUGCAGAAAAUCCAUCAACGUACACAUUCAUGAUUGGGCUGUUUGUUUGUUUUUUCUUUUUCUCUUUUUCUCUCUCACCUCCACGUAAACUUACACGAGGAACAAGUGGCAUCAGCUGACACCAUUUACAGACUUUGCACUUAAUAAAUACCAUUUUAGGAUUGAAUAGGAGACUAAAUAAGAUGGACGUGUUCUUUUUGCUGCGCCCUCUAAUCGAAUGGACGUGUUCUAAGGCCUAUGGUUCAUUUCAAGUGCAGUUACGUUUGUGGAAUAAUCAAGUUAUAACUUUUAUUUAUUUUUCAGUCAAACUAUAUGCACAUCCUUCGCCACCUCAUGCAAUCCUAUUUGCGUGUGAGGCCUCGUUUGCAACAUGCUCUCAUUAUAACAAACGAAGGGAUAUAAUAACACAUUAUAGCAAACAAAUGUGUAAGAGAACAACUGUAGCCCACAGGUAUGGAUGUUGGAACAAGACCGCGGACACACACACACAAAUGCGCGCGUGCACACACACACACACACACACACACUCAGAGGCAGCUACUAAGGAGAGAAAUGUUGCCAUAGCUUUGCGCAGGAAUCCAAUAUUUCCUCUGGUGUGUGUGUGUGUGAGAGAGAGAGCACGUACACACACGCGGUCGGGCCCCAAACCUUAUCUUUCAGCAUAGGGUAAUUAUAAUUACACCAGGUCAGCCAAAAGCAAACAGAUCAGUUCGUUUGCUCGGUGCAUCCAUCGCGCAACUUUACAUCUUCAAAUGUCACUCGGAUAAUCGCGCUGGUUACUUUCAAAACUAUGCCUACAUGCCGCUGCUGGUUGCGUCGUUUUUCUCGGCUCUUAUAAUCGGUGAGGUUCCACUUUUAUGCUAUUUGAGUCUUUUUUGUUGUUGUUGUUGUUGUUUUUUAAGAGGAGUUGGGAUUCUUUUUAUUUUUUAUUUCCAUGGUCUGCAGGUAGGUGUCACAAUUGCUUUGACUAUAAAACCAGAAAUGGCACCACCUUUUACCCUCAUGUCAUCACCCCCCCCCCCCCCAUAACCUUUACUCCAACCCGGAUCUAGUGCCACCACAUACAGUCUGGACGAACGCUGCUAUCGCCUUCUCAGCUCCACACACGCAGGCUGAGACACCACAGCACACACGCUUUUUGUUUUGUCAGAUCACUAUGAUUGUCAUGUUAUUUAAAGUUUUUUUUUUUUUUUUUUUUUGACGCAUUGUGGAUAAUAAUUUCAUAUUCUGAUUUGAGAAAGAAAUAUCCCACAUUAUAUGUGAUUUACAUGUUAUUUCUCAGGUUCCUAUAGUUUGCUUAUUUGCCACGGUAUAUUGUUUUAGUAUAUAUUUACGUGUGGAAAAAAAACAUACAUAA